UUCAUGUCGACUCUGUAACGGAUACGGAUGUUUAAGGUCGUUCCACCAAAAGUGUAAAAAUAAAGUUUUCGAGGUGCUUGUGAUAUUUUAUUUAAUGUUACUCUUGUGCACUUUGUGGAGAAAAAUACGCUUUUCGGUGAAUUUUUCGUAAAAAGAAAAACCAUUUGUGGUGAUUUUUCUGUUCGUGGAAAGUGAAAAAAUAAAUACAUGCAACAAAAUAAAUGUAGAAAUAGAAAAUAAUUGUGAUUGGAAUUAAAUUUGAGAAUAAUAAAUAAAAUUCUUCCAAAAUGAAAGAGCAAUCGGUUUUGCUCUUAAUUCCAAGAAGUGCCGUUUCUUAUCGUCUGUUCGGUGUUUUACUUUUCCUUGCUGCCUUGCUGACCGUUGCAAAAGCAGCAGCCGUAGCAACAGUUCCAUCGUCCUCAUCGUCGUCGUCCUUAUACGCGUAUACCGUUGCUAACCAAAAUAACGAAAUCGACAAUGGUAUUGUGAAUUAUUCGACAAAUUUAGCCUACAAUCAAUUGCUCCUCGAUUCAAAUCGAAAGAACUUCAAUUUUAAGGAUAAUAACAAUAACAACAACAACAACAAUGUCGAUGGAAUAUUCGGAAGCGGAACUGCAGCAUCGCAACCAUCGACCAAUGGUUGUACUUUGGACCGGUUGGUGGUGUACAAGGUUGUUCUGCAAACUUAUUGGACGAGGGAUUUGUUUCCGAAACAUUAUCCCGAUUGGAGGCCAUCAGCACAAUGGACUAAAACUAUAGGCAGAACCCAUGACUCGUCCUUUUCCCUAUUUCACAUAGGACAACAAGCUUCGGCGGGUGUGAAGCAAUUUGCUGAGACUGGCAAAUCAGAUAUCUUUGAAUCAUCAUCCUCGUCAUCACAGACAUCAUCGCAGCAGCACAAGUCAACCACAGGGGGAGCAGGAGCAGGAGCAGGAGCCGGAGCAGUAGCAGCAUCAGGGACGACAUCAAAUUCAUUUACAUCGGCGACGUCCUCAGCAUCAUUAUCUACGCCAACGUCAUCAUCCUCAUCAUCGGGCUCAGGGGGUGCUAGUGAGAGUUCGGGUUCCAGCUCCGGCUCCGGCUCAUCCCAGCAAAGGAACGUUUUCGAUGAAUUUGUAGUAUCGGCGAUCACCGCAGGAGCUGGACGAAGUGAGGCGAAAUUCUUUGUGGACAGCAAUCACAGUUUGGUUUCCCUAAUGACGCGUAUUGUUCCAUCGCCAGAUUGGUUCAUUGGAGUUGAUUCCUUUCAGCUUUGCGUUGGAGGCUCCUGGAUCGAUACAGUUACCGUCGAAAUGGAUCCUCUAGAUGCUGGCACAGAUAAUGGAUUCACAUUCACCGCCCCCAAUUGGCCAACUAGCCCGCAAGGAGUUAUUUAUCGUAUCACAUCAAGAUACCCAGCACAUCCAGCAGGGAGCUUCUUCUAUCCAAAGAGCAAACGCCUACCACCGAUGGCCACAUUUCAGUUCAUCAAGCUCAAGGAAUACGAAUUGAGUGAAGUUUUCAAUUUCGUCGAGGACGAUCGCCGCUACGAGACGGUGCACACUCAAACGCACCUUGAAACCGAGCACAACCACGUUGAAAUGAAUAACGAAUUGUCGGCGAGUAUAGAGCGUGAACGCCAAAGUGAAGUGGGAACUACUAUUCCCGGUUCGGUCACAGAAAGGGAUCGGGUACGUUCCAGGUUGCUGGCAAAAAUGAAUCCAAUUAACAAUUUAACAAACAUUGUGCCGAAAAACGACAAGAAUGCAAUCCUCCAAAGUAUCGCAUCCAAUUACAACUACAACUACAACCGGACCAGUAAACAACAGCAACAUAAGAAACGUACCUCUGGUCGUCGGUCGCGGGACUGUCGUGUUGGACAUUGGUCCGAUUGGAGUACGUGCAGCAAAAGCUGUGGCAUCGGUGAGAUGCAUCGAUAUCGAAAAAUAAUCAAACACGGUAAAAGAGGUGGACGGCCGUGCCCGGCGUUGCAAGAGUCAAAAUGGUGCGGCUCAGAAAAGGGAUGCCAUUCGCCUUUGACCUAUUUCAACUGGUCGAACACAUGAACGUUAAUUUAAAUAAUUUUAAGGUAAAAUUGCAAAACAUGUAUUUACUAUAAAUAAUAACAAAUAAAAGUAAUAAUAAAACAGCAAAAUUCUUAUGGUUUGGAAAAAUACGCCGCAAUAUAUAUAAAAUCGAAAGAAAAAUAACACAAAAUUUGCUUUUAAAAAAUAAUAUAAUUCAUUCAUCGCAACAGAAAAUCGUAAUAAUUUGACAAAAAUAUAAAUUGUUGAAAAAUAUAAUAAUUAAGAUAGGACUUUUGACAAUAUAUUCUACUCUCAAUUCGAUUUAGUAGUAAUUCAAAAUGAAAAAACAAAACAAGCAAAAGUGGUCAAGCCCUAACAACACAUUGAUUUUGCCACGUCCUUUCUCAGAAAACUACCAAAAUUUGUAUUACACACAAAACUUAAAAAAAAAACAAAAAAAAUAAAAACAACAUAAAUUAUGAAAACAGAAUCUAUUAAAAAACAUAAUAAAAUAGUUUUAAGCUAUUCAUAUAAGCAUAAUCAUAAAAAGUAAUCAAUUAAAAAAAAAACAUUUAUUUCAUUUAAAAAACAAAAAAGUAAAUAGUUGUAAUAUUUGUACUGGUUACCGCCCUAAGUAAUGAUGGAAUGACACAUAUUUUCAUAAACAAAAAUACCAAAGAACUUAAAUUAUAUAAUAUUUAGAUAAACCUUAUUCGAAAAGAUGUUCAUACAUAAAAUUAAUGCAAAAACAAAAAUUAAUAAUAAAACAUUUAAAAUAAAAAAAAAAUCGUACAAAAUAAAAACAAAAUAUUUAUUAUUUUCUUGUGUAUAAACAGCAAAAUCAAAUCUUUAGAACAACAACAAAUUUAACUAAAAUAUAGCGUUCAAUGCAAGGAAAUAUUUAAUAAAAUAUGUUUAUCAAUAAUUAUUGUAGAUAAUGUACCUAAUGAUUUUGAUUAUUUUAGUUGUUUCAACGUAAAGAUAUAAAAUCUUUGUGAAAUAAAAACAAAUAUAUAAAUUUAAACAAAAAAAAACAACCACAAAAUAUAAAAUGCAUUGUAAAAUUGUAUUUUAUAAACAAAACAUCAAGGUAAAAUCGAGAAAUAAAUAUAUAUAUAAAUUUUUGUAUAAAGUA